UCUGGGCAUCGCGCCGCUGGCCCGCUCCGCCCAGACAUUCCGCUUGCGCCGCUGGAAUGCGCGGGGCCGACUCCCUGUGGCCCUGGGCGUGUUUCCCGCGCUCGCGGCCGCCGGGCGGGGCGGGGCGGAUCCCGGCCGCGGGACCUUUAAAUCGGCCGCCCCGGCGCCGGGCCCAGGCCGGUGACUGACUCAGCUAGUGACGACCCGACGCCGGACACCAUGCCGCGCCGCCUCCCAGGACUGCUCCUGCUGCUCUGGCCGCUGCUGCUGCCACCGCCCCCUGCCGCCCCGGCGAACCCCGGCACCCCGGCCCGCCCGGUCUUCCGGAGGCUGGGGACCCUCGGCCCCCGGGGCAGCCCAGGACGCCAUCCCGCUCCUGCCGCCCCCACCGGGGAGCCCUACUCCGGGUCCAGCCUGCCCGGCGGGGCGCGCGGCGCAGGUGUUUGCAAGAGCAGGCCCUUGGACUUGGUGUUUAUCAUCGAUAGUUCUCGCAGUGUACGGCCCUUGGAGUUCACCAAAGUGAAAACCUUUGUCUCUCGAAUAAUCGAUACUCUGGACAUUGGGGAGGCAAACACGCGGGUGGCCGUGGUGAACUAUGCUAGCACCGUGAAGAUCGAGUUCCAUCUCCAGGCCCACUCAGAUAAGCAGUCCCUGAAACAGGCCGUGGGGCGAAUCACGCCCUUGUCCACAGGCACCAUGUCGGGCCUGGCCAUCCAAACAGCCAUGGAGGAAGCCUUCACCGUGGAGGCAGGAGCUCGGGGGCCCAGCUCCAACAUCCCUAAGGUGGCCAUCAUCGUGACAGAUGGGCGGCCCCAGGACCAGGUGAACGAGGUGGCCGCUCGGGCCCGGGCGUCCGGUAUUGAACUCUACGCCGUGGGCGUGGGCCGGGCAGAUAUGGAGUCCCUCAAGAUGAUUGCCAGUGAACCCCUGGAUGAGCACGUGUUCUACGUGGAGACCUAUGGGGUCAUUGAGAAACUUUCCUCUCGAUUCCAGGAAACCUUUUGCGCAGCUGCGGAUGCAUGCAUGCUGGGCACACACCAGUGCCAGCAUGUGUGUAUUAGUGACGGCGAAGGCAAGCACCACUGUGAGUGCAGCCAAGGAUAUUCCUUGAACGCCGAUAAGAAGACAUGUUCCGCUAUCGAUAAGUGUGCUCUUAACACUCAUGGAUGCGAACAUAUCUGUGUGAAUGACAGAACUGGCUCUUAUCAUUGUGAAUGUAAUGAAGGUUACACUUUGAAUGAAGACAGGAAAACAUGUUCAGCACAAGAUCAAUGUGCUUCUGGUACACAUGGCUGUCAGCACCUUUGUGUGAGUGACAGAGCUGGGUCCCAUCAUUGUGAAUGCUAUGAGGGCUACGCUCUGAAUGAAGAUAAAAAAACCUGCUCAGUUCGUGACAAGUGUGCUCUGGGCUCUCACGGUUGCCAGCACAUUUGUGUGAGUGAUGGGGCCGCGUCCUACCACUGCGAUUGUUAUACUGGCUUCACCUUGAAUGAAGACAAGAAGACAUGUUCAGCCAUUGAAGAAGCACGAAGACUCAUCUCCACAGAAGAUACUUGUGGAUGUGAAGCCACCCUGGCCUUCCAGGACAAGGUCAGCUCAUACCUGCAGAGGCUGAACACCAAAAUUGAUGACAUUUUGGCGAAGUUGCAAGCAAAUGAAUAUGGACAAAUACAUCGUUAAAUUGCUCAAAAUUUUCACCUGGAAAUAUGGAGAACUUUGUGUAUUUAAUACUUUUGCAUACUCCAAUGUUCCUGUUAAUAAUUUGCCAUUACAAACGCUUGAAUAUUACUGGAUAAGUAGUUUGAGGAUCUUCUGGAGAAUCAGUCUCAUUUUUCUAAGGAAAUAAAUGUCCAGAUCCUUAUUAAAAGCAAACUUUAGUGUCUCUAUGACUGUGAAAUGGUUGGUAGGAAAUAAAUGAGAAGUUUAAUAUUUCUUUCUUUCUUUACUAAUUGAGCCAUUUAAUUUUUAA